AUGUCGCUGCGGUUUAAGUGUGAGAAUGAUGCGGUGUAUCGCGUGGAUGGGGUGAACGCGGAGGCUUUUAGGGUGGUGAUGCGGUCAGGGAUGGCGACGGCGCGGUUGACGAAGGAUGGCGCGGAGGGCGGACGGUUGACGGUGAAGAUGAAACCGGUAGCUUUCGAGGCGUGUUCGGAGGUGCAAACGGCCGGUGGGUGCGUCACUAAAGGGUUCGCGAAGGUGUUUAAGGCGCUAGCGGUCGUUUACGCCGGAUUGUGCGACGAUGGUAUCGAUGGAGAAGCGCCCGGUAGAUUUGACGGCGGUUUGGAUUUGGCGGGUAUUUUUGAAGCCGUGAAACCGAACGAGAACGCGUGUCCAGAAGCCGAUCGAGACUACUACGCGCUCUUGCCGACGCCGCGAUCAUAUCAGAAACAAGCCGUGGGAUGGAUGCUGGCGAGAGAACGAGCGAAGGAUGCGCCGGCUGGGGCGUUGUCGGCGAAACGCGGCGGCGACGUCGACAAGACAGAGUUGCAUCCGCUUUGGCGCGAACUCCCGGAGGGAGGUGGCUACAUAAAUCCGUACUCGGGUCAUCUCACGAAAACGCGAUUCGAAUGCGAUUUUGAAUCUGUGAGCGGCGGUAUCUUGGCCGAUGAGAUGGGUCUUGGGAAAACGGUGGAAGUAAUCAUGCUCGUGUUGGCGAAUCGCGAGCCGCGGCGCGCGCAAAGUCGAUCUCAAUUUGUCCCUCCGCCCAUGACAGAUGACAUGAAAGAGGAAAUCGAUGAUGUUGUGCUCAUUAAAGACGAUGAAGCGCCCGUGAAGGUGUGCUGCCCGUGCGGUGCGCGACAUGACGACCCAUUCUACGACGGUUUGUGGAUCGAAUGUGAAAAGUGCGAGACGUGGAUGCACGCAAGAUGCGUGGGGCUAGCCCAAAGCAGAAAUCAAGAGAUAAAACUUAUGAAAAUGUCUGAGGAAGAGCGGGGACGAAAGCUCAAAGAUUUCACGUGUGGUAAAUGCAUCGCCGCGCACGCGAGCGAAACAGUAGACGAGACGUGCGGCGCCACGCUCGUCGUCUGCCCGAGCGCCAUCAUCAAACAAUGGCGAGACGAGUGCAAGCAACACGUACGCCCGGGCACGCUGAAAAUCAUCACAUAUGAGGGACAGUCGAAGCGAAGUGGCGCUGGGGGCUCGAUGAAGGGCGUGUUUUCCGCCAAGGAGCUCGCCGACGCCGACAUCGUACUGACAACGUACGACACGCUUCGUACUGAAAUCGACAUCGACACCGCCAAUGGACACGGCUUGGCCGGCGCUGAGAGAGCACGACGAUAUGAAAAGAAGUAUGAAGUGGUGCCGACACCACUGACUCGAUUGAAGUGGUGGCGCGUUGUUCUGGACGAGGCGCAAAUGGUCGAGUCCACGGUGUCAAAAGCCGCCGAGAUGGUGCGCCGGCUGCCCACAGUGCACCGAUGGGCAGUCACGGGCACGCCCAUUUCGCGAGGUUUAGGGGAUAUAUUCGGUCUGUUAACGUUUCUGAUGGUGUCUCCGUUUCAACAUGGUGACUUUUGGUGGCGACGUAUGAUUGAAAUACCGUACAUGAGUGGCGACGUCUCCGCGCGCGAACUUCUUCAUAAAAUUUUGAAGGGCUUGAUGUGGCGAAACUCGCGCGCUGACAUGGAGCGACAACUAGGAAUUCCUCCCCAAGGUGAAGUCGCCACGUGGUUGCGGUCAAGCGCGGUGGAGCAGCACUGGUACUCCCGACAAUACGCCAACUGUGCGGCCGACGCCAACGCGACUCUGAGACGAUUCAUCCGUCACGCCGACAGCGAAAGCCUUCCACCGAACAAAGCAUCGAGCGUCAUGGGACCUUUGUUGCGAUUGCGUCAAGCGUGUGAUCAUCCGCAAGCGGGAUCACACGGUCUUGCUGGCGGUAUUCGCGCCGGCGCUAACGUGUUGACGAUGGAGCAAAUUUCUGAAAAGCUUGUCGAAAGAGCUCGCAUCGAAGCCGAAGAGGCGCAGCGUCUCGUGGCGUUUUCGCUCAACGCCCUCGCUGGGAUCGCUUGGAUUUUAGGAACUUUCGACAUCGUCAUAGAAACGUAUCGUGAAGUCCUUAAGCUCGAAGGUGAGGGGAAGCAGCGAGGCAUUCGGAUGGACACCCUUCAAAGACUUCACGCGCUUCACAAUCUCAACUUGGCCAUGCGCGAAGUCAAGGCGAACAAAGAGUUACUAAAAGGCAAGAUAAUAGCACCGACGAUACGGGACGAUGAUUUGGAAAAAGAAGCCAAUUUAGAGCGAGCUGCAUACAUGGCACAGCGUGCUGGCGGCGUCCCUGCAGCGACGCGCGAACUCGAAGUUACGAGUGCAAACGUGGCGAAGCAUUUAGCGUUUGGCUCGAUCGCGCGCGUGGACAAAUUCACGUGGUGGCUAUUCAUCCUCGAUCAUGCGAUGACGUCAGAAGGAACCGCAGAAGAUGUUGCGGCGUCGAAUAUACUCGCGCGUGUGCUUGAAGCUUUGGAUGGACGCUGGCAAGACAAGCAAGCACCUUUUCGAAGCACCGACGGUUUGAAGAUGACGAUGGCGAACGAUUUGGAAGAAAUUCACAACACACGCGCCAGAGUCAUGGAAUCUGUCUCAGAAAUCCGCGUACGGGUUGAAAAUCCGAGUGAAGAUGAUGUGCGUACGAUCGGUUCGUGCUCAAACUGCCGUAAAGAUACGGACUUUGCCCUUCCCGGCGUGGUGUGUAUGUUUUGCAAGGCCGAACCGUUACUUUCGGAGUUUGAGGCAAAGAUAUUCGGUGUUCGCAACCUGCGGCUUCAGCAAAAUCGCACCAAUGACGACGAUAGUCAGAACAGGGAAACGUUUGUGCCACGCGUUUCUCGUUACGGUCGGAAGUAUGAACGAGAGGAAACCAACCGCGGUGGAGCGAGCUCGGUGGAAGCCGUGCUUCGUAUUUUAGUCCCCAUGGUGCAUUCGUUGAGUGCACCCAGUUCGUAUGUUGAAGAAUCCGCGGCGCACGUCGCUGCGCUUGAAGAGAUGCGCAAGGAAUUUUACAAAAUAUCGCAGCUCAUCGUCCAACAGAGGGAAGAAGUCGCGUCUCGCGACGAGCUCGACAUGGCGGUGGCGAGAAUACGCACUCGGCACGAUCACGAGCUUCCACCGCACGGCUUCCAUCGGUUCACGGGUUGGUUGAUGCAAAACGAUCCCGUGCCCGAGGGUCUCCGAGGGUCGGUCAUCUAUCGAGACGAAGUGGAGGGUUUGAGCGUCAACUACACGACGCAAAAGCUCGUGUACGAAAAGGAUUUGCGCAAAGCGAUGUCUCAACUCAAGUAUCUGGAGGACAAUCUUCGCGCGGAGAACGCUGGCGGAGAAAACACUAUAGCAACUGAUUGUCCGGUCUGUAUGGUGUCAUUCGCGGGAACUAACGCUGAAAUAUGUGUUUUCCCUUGCGGUCACCGAACGUGCGUCUCGUGCGCUCUCGACUUGGUCCGACGCGAGCACGGGGAGAGAGUGUCGUGCGUCACCUGUCGCGUUCGUGCGUACGUCGAAGAGUUGAUGUACGUGAACAACGUUGACAAUCGCACGGGAGUGCGAGAUGCGGCUGAUUACGUGAGGCGCGGUAAAGGAGGCGACGUGCGAUUUCUUACGGAUCUGCUCGGCGUCGAAGCCGACCUCCUCGGCGGGGAACAACAAGUGCUCGUCUCCGGGAGCUGGGGCACAAAAAUUGAAGCGAUCAUUCGACGUCUGAGAUAUUUGCUGUUGCGUGAGGAUGACGCUAAAAUGAUAGUGUUUUCUGAAUGGGACGACGUCCUGGACGUGGUCGAAAAAGCGAUGCGCGCGAAUGAAAUUCGCUUCGUUCGCGGCGUCUCUGGUCCAAAGUUUCGCGACGUCAUCGAUACAUUUAAGCACGACGCCGCGUGCAACGUUCUGUUGCUGCCGCUUAAGCGUGGCGCGCACGGUUUGAACCUCACCGAAGCGCAGCACGUGUUACUGCUCGAGCCCGUGCUCGAUCCCGGAAUGGAAGCCCAGGCGAUCAAGCGCGUCGAUCGCAUCGGACAAACGCGCCCGACGUGCGUCCACAGGUUUUUCAUUCGCGACACGAUUGAAGAAAACGUGCACAAUUUUUCGCGCCAACGCGCGGACGCCAUGAGUGACAUCGCGAGCGACGUCGCCCUGCAGAAGAAGGGCAAGGACGCAGGCUUGACCCUGGGCGAAUUGCGCGCGCUGCUCGAGCGACCGGAUGGACGCGCUCGACGCGCGCUCGACGCGCGGCGUCGCGACGGCGACGGCGACGACGUCGAUCGCGAGGUUAUAGAAUUAGAAUGA